AACCGAACAGAAACCAAACCGAAACACAAAUGGUUUUUAGUUUGGUACAAAUUGUUCCAACCCCAAUAAACCGAAACCGAACCGAAAUCACAGAAAACCAAACCGUAAACCGAAUUGCCCACCCCACCUGAAAUAAUGAAUAUGAAAGUUGGCUUGUGUGUAUAUUUAGGUCGAAACAAUCAAACAAUAUAUAAAGUUAUAAACCCAAAGACUUAUUCAAUCAACUACUAAAUACGGAGUAUGAGAGAAAAGGGCAUUUUCAACGUACUCCACUCAUAUUAUGUCCGUUAAUACUCUACUUUAACUCCAACAUUAAAGAAGAAUAAAAAAGAAUGAGAAAACUGUCAAAUGGGUCCAUGUACUUUUAUGAAAAAGUCAAUUGAAUCCUCAAAGUUUUUCGUGAAUCAAUUAAGUCCCUGAAGUAUCAAAAAACGACCAAAUCUUCUAUUUUAUAGGUCAUCUUCCGGUUUCCAACCCAUAUGAAUGUCUACUUGGCAUUUUUAUUUUAAUUUUCUUUUUUUUUCCUCCUUUCUUUUUCUUCUCUUUCUUUCCUUCUCUCCCUCUCCCAGACCGUUCUUCUUUCUCCCCUCUCCCCUUUUGCGUUUCUUUUCCUUUUCUUUCUCCGGCCAAAGAUUUCAAGCCUCCACCAGACCACCACUUCUCCAUGUCUGCCACUCAUGCCUCCCUACCCACCUCCGCCGCACCUACCUGCACCUCCGCCGCCCCUACUACCUUUAUACCCGCCGGCCACCAUCUCCGCCGACCGCCGGCCUUACUCCAUAUCCACAACCUUCGCUGCCCAGCCACCCCUGCCUCCAUACCACCACUUUUGGUCCUCCUCCGCCUUUACCUUCAUACCCACCGGUCACCGUCUCUGCCGCCCCUAAAAAAUCCAUACCCACAACCUUUACCGCCCGGCCAACUCCUCUGCUGCCCCUACCUUCAUUCUGGCCACCGCCGCCCUCGACCCCCCCCGCCCGACCUCCAUACCCACCCCCGCCGUGGCACUACCCCUACCACUAUAGCCACAGCCUCACAGCCCCUUCUAUGUUCGAGAUGGAGAUGGACCUGAAAGUUUAUAACAAGGGGAAUGAGCGGAUUUGGCAGGAGAAAGAAAAUGCAGACAUGGGGGAUUGGGGGAAGAAGAGAGUAAAUGGGGGAGAAGAAAUAUCGGCCUGGUUUUGGGAAAGAAAAAGAAAGAAAUAAAGUGAAAAAAGAAAAGAGAAAGAAAAAGAGAAAAAAGUAAGCAAAGAAAAGAAAGUAAAAGAACAAAAAUCGGCCAACUACCCUUCCACGUGGGCACCAACCGGGAAACCUAAAGAUGACCUACAAAAUAAGCGAGGAAAAAUUGAAAAUAAUAAUCCCAACUAUUGCUGGUCCGCUGAAAAUAAUCCCAACUAUUGAUUAUUUUUGUAUAAUCCCAACUAUAUAGACUAUCCGCCAAUAAUGGUCCAUGACCAUAUAUUACCUCUAUAAAAAGUGAAUUAUAAAUAGAAAUUAAGCGUAAAAAUUAAAAGUUGAGAUUAUUUAUAGAGAUUACUUGUUAUAUCUCAUAUCAUCCACUUUAGAAACUACAAGAAUUUAUUCAUAGGGACCAUUAUUGGCGGAAGGUCCCUAAAGUUGGGAUUAUUCUGUAAUAAUCAAUAGUUGAGAUUAUUAUGAGCAGACCGUCAAUAGUUGGGAUUAUUACUAUCAAUUUUUCCAAUAAGAGAUUUGGUUGGG